CACCCCCGUGGUCUUAGCCUGCUGUCACUCCCCUUCUCCGCCUGUUGCCCGCCGCCGCCGAACCUGUUCUUUUCUCCGUCCUUCCGCAGCAUCCCGAAGACCCGAGGAAUCCACCCCUUUCCCUGUCACGGUCCCACAAAUUCUUAGUUGGACAAAUGUCCUUUGGAACACUUUUCCUGGGCUUUUGACCACGGGAAUGUUUGGGUAUGAACAGCUCCUCCUCGGCAACUUGCUGCGGUGGUAAUGAAGAGACGAGUGGCUUUGAAACGUAUGCUGAAUUUUAAUGUUCCUCAUGUUAAAAACAACACUGGAGAGCCAGUAUGGAAGGUGCUCAUUUUUGACAGAUUUGGCCAAGAUAUCAUCUCUCCCCUGCUGUCUGUGAAGGAAUUGAGAGACAUGGGAAUCACUUUGCAUCUGCUUUUGCACUCUGAUCGGGACCCCAUACCUGAUGUCCCAGCAGUUUACUUUGUAAUGCCAACAGAAGAAAAUAUUGACAGAAUGUGCCAGGAUCUUCGAAAUCAACUCUAUGAAUCUUAUUAUUUAAAUUUUAUUUCUGCUAUUUCAAGAAGCAAACUGGAAGAUAUUGCAAAUGCUGCCUUAGCAGCCAGUGCAGUCACACAAGUGGCAAAGGUUUUUGAUCAAUAUCUCAAUUUCAUUACUUUGGAAGAUGAUAUGUUUGUACUAUGCAAUCAAAAUAAGGAGCUUGUCUCUUAUCGUGCCAUUAAUAGACCAGAUAUCACAGACACAGAAAUGGAGACCAUUAUGGACACUAUUGUUGAUAGCCUCUUUUGCUUUUUUGUUACACUUGGUGCUGUUCCUAUAAUCAGAUGUUCGAGAGGAACAGCAGCAGAAAUGGUGGCAGUGAAACUAGAUAAGAAACUUCGAGAAAAUUUAAGAGAUGCAAGAAAUAGCCUUUUUACUGGUGAUACACUUGGAGCUGGCCAGUUCAGCUUCCAAAGGCCUUUAUUAGUCCUUGUUGACAGGAACAUAGAUUUGGCUACUCCUUUACACCAUACUUGGACAUACCAAGCCUUGGUGCAUGAUGUUCUGGACUUUCACUUAAAUCGAGUCAAUUUGGAAGAAUCUUCUGGAGUAGAAAAUUCUCCAGCUGGUGCUAGACCUAAGAGAAAAAACAAGAAGUCCUAUGAUUUAACAGCAGUUGAUAAAUUUUGGCAAAAGCAUAAAGGCAGUCCUUUCCCAGAAGUUGCAGAAUCUGUUCAACAAGAAUUAGAAUCCUACAGAGCCCAGGAAGAUGAAGUCAAACGACUUAAAAGCAUUAUGGGAUUAGAAGGAGAAGAUGAAGGAGCUAUAAGUAUGCUUUCAGACAAUACAGCCAAGUUAACUUCAGCUGUUAGUUCUCUCCCAGAACUUCUUGAAAAGAAGAGGCUCAUUGAUCUUCAUACUAAUGUUGCCACUGCUGUUUUAGAACAUAUAAAGACUCGAAAACUAGAUGUAUAUUUUGAAUAUGAAGAAAAAAUAAUGAGCAAGACCACUCUGGACAAAUCUCUUCUGGACAUGAUUUCUGACCCUGAUGCAGGAACUCCAGAAGAUAAAAUGAGACUGUUCCUUAUCUAUUACAUAAGUGCACAGCAAGCUCCCUCUGAGGCUGACUUGGAACAAUACAAAAAGGCUCUGACUGAUGCAGGAUGCAACCUCACUCCCUUGCAAUAUAUCAAACAAUGGAAGGCUUUUGCCAAGAUGGCUUCAGCUCCAACCAGCUAUGGAAAUACUGCCACUAAACCAAUGGGUCUCUUAUCACGUGUCAUGAACACAGGGUCACAAUUUGUGAUGGAAGGAGUGAAGAACUUAGUGUUGAAACAACAAAAUCUACCAGUUACUCGUAUUCUAGACAGUCUCAUGGAAAUGAAGUCAAAUCCUGAGACUGAUGACUAUAGAUAUUUUGAUCCCAAAAUGCUGCGGGGCAGUGAUAGCUCAGUUCCAAGAAACAAAAAUCCAUUCCAGGAGGCAAUUGUUUUUGUGGUGGGAGGUGGCAACUAUAUUGAAUAUCAAAAUCUUGUUGACUACAUAAAGGGCAAACAAGGCAAGCAUGUCUUAUAUGGCUGCAGUGAGCUUUUCAAUGCUACACAGUUUAUAAAACAGGUAAAGUUUUAUGUUGUAGGUAAUUUUCUGACUUAUUUUUUAUUAGCCUAUUACUGGUUCUUUUUUUAGGAUUUGUUCAACUGAGUUGACUGAAAGGAUAAUUAAAGUACAUAAUUAUAUUGAUAGUACAAUGAGAUUUAAAAUCAUUUUGUCUACCUAGGUAAAUAUUUUAUUUACUCUUUUACUUCUUUGUUAGGCAGAAUUCCAUUUCAUUGUUUCUCAUUUGAGGUGCCUGUAUUUCUGCUUUUACCAAGCUUCUCAUUUACUCUUGAUUUUUGCUGCUAAGGAAAUUCAUCCCUGAGAAAGUUGUUUCUGCCUAAAGGCCACACUGCAAGAUAAUGGUACCACUGAAGCUAAAGGUUCUGAAUGACCAAGCCUAAUCAGUGAUGAGCAGUAACUCAGAAGACUGAUUAUUCAUUCUGAAACAUUGAGUCAUAGUUUUUCCUGUGUAAAUAAUCAUUUCCUUUGAUUUAUAUGAAACACUAAAUUCAAGAUGAAUAAAGAAAAGUAUGUUUUCAUAUAUAUAAAUGUGUACAUUUUCACCUUGACUUAAUGUUAACUUUUUUAGCUGGGUCAUGCAGUGAUUAGGAGUCAAGGAGACUGGAGUUUCAAAUCAGUCCUCAGACAUUAUUAGCAUUGUGACCCUGGGAAAGUCACCUAACUAACUAACCUCUGUCUGCCAUGAUUUUUUCAACUAUAAAAAGAGAAUAAUGCUAAUACGACCUACUUCCCAGGGUUGUGAGAAUCAAAGGAGAUAACAUAAGGGCUGAUACCUAAUAUGUAUUUAGUAAGUGCUUAUUUUCUUCCUAGUCUCAAGAUUGCCAUUUUCAUAAGCUCAAUUUGAAUACAGUGACAUUUCUUUUCGUGACCAUAAUAUGUUCUGUACAAAUGAACAGUCGUAAACAGCACUGUUGUAUAAUUUAUGGUGAGAGAGGGAAGAGAAGAUAAAUUUUGUGUUUCCUUGAACAAUUUGUCUAUUCAUUGUUUGAAUAAUGAAUCUAAGAAUUUAAAAUGUCUAAGAUUGAUGCUAUGUUUUCUCCCAAGCUGUCCUUACUUGGACAAAAGUAGCCCAGAAGAACUUCAAUAUCUGAAUCCAUUUGGAGCUUGGACAAAGUGUAAAAAGAAGUCAGAAGAGCCAGAUGCUUCCCUGUCAUAGCAUUAAAACUUAUACUGUUCCAUUAAUUUGAUAAUUUUUAACAGAAUACUGUACUUAAUAUAAUGUAUACUGAUUUAAAAAUAUUUCAGAAAUAAAACAUUAAAGCCA